UACCAAUCUAAACAAAGUCACGUACUACUAAACCAUCACUUCUGCACUCCCAAACCUUUCCCUAAACCCUCAAAAACCCUAACAAUGGCUGUAAACCAAUUCCAAACCCAGCAACACCAAAACCUCCAAAUUCAUCGUCUCCCCCAAUCCAAAUUCAUCGAUGCAGUACGUUGGCUACCUCCAUUUGCCGCCUUCGACAAAUUCAUCGUUCUCUCUCUCUUUGACCCCACUUCCUCCUCUUCCACAAUCGAACUCCACUCUCUCGAUUUCCCUGAUUCCGCAAACCCUAAUCCCAUCCUCUCUCCCCUCUCCACCUUCUCCUCCCCUUCUCUCUCUAGAACAUCCUUUCUCAAAACCUCGCAAUCCCUCAUUGCCUUCUCCACAUUCUCUGGCUCCCUCGAUUUUCUCUCUCCUAAUUACUCGUCUCCCGACGAGGUUUCUCUCGAUUCGUUGCCUUCUUUGCAGGAGAAGGGGUUUCAUGUUGGACCCAUUUCGUGUAUUGAUGUUUUGGAGAGGGAUUGUGUGAGUGUUGGAGAAGAUGGGAGGGUUAAUUUGGUGGGAUUCGGGGACGGGAAGGCGAGUUAUCGGCGGGUUUUCGAUAGCGAUGGGCUGGUUUCGUAUUCGGCUGUGAAAUGGGCGUCUCCCAUGGAGUUUGCUACUGGUGGGUUGGGGUGUAGUCUUCAGUGGUGGGAUCAGAGGAGGAAACCUGGGGAGCCUGCAUUACAGUUUAAGGGCAAAUGGUCUCAGAAAACUGCUUCUGGAGUUGUGCAUUCCAUCGAUAUUCAUCCAUCAAGAAAGCAUACCUGUAUGGCAGGAGGUUCCUCCGGUACUGUGUUUGGUUGGGACCUAAGGUGGCCACAGCAGCCUAUUGUUCUCUCCGGAGUUGGGAUUGGCGAAAGACCAUCAAAUCCAAUUUCAGAAAGUGAAGUAUGGGAGGUGCAGUUUGAUUGUCAUUUGCAGUCUUCAAAUAUUACCAGUAUGUCCUCGUCGAUGAUGCCUGUUAUGAUGUGCUCUGAAGAAGGGAUUCUUGCAGUCCUCGAGCCAGGUGCAGAACCAUUUGAACUAUUGGAAGAACCAUGUGCCAUCAACAGCUUUGACAUUAACAAGCAGAAUUACUCUGAUGUUAUAUGCAGUUUGGAAUGGGAAUCGCUGGCUAUACUUUCAAGGUCGUAAAGCACUGUAAUCACGGUCUAGUUUUGUUACAAUUAUUAUGUAGCUUCAAGUACCAACAUGCCGUAAUAUGUAAGAUUGUAUUCUACUAGCUAAACUGAUGCCCUUUUGACCAGGUCUGUUUAACUGUACAGUUCAUGACAAGUUCAUAUACACUAUUCAUGACAAGUUGCUUGA